CCGUGGGAAACGCGAGAACAAGGCCAGCACCUACGGCCUCAACGACCGCCUGCUGGGCGGCCCUCCCUCCUCCUCCUCCCCCGGCACGCCGUGGAAGGCCAGGCCCUACCCCCCGGGCACCCGAGGGCUCCAUGAGGAAAUCAUGGAUUUUUAUGACUUUAUGUCCCCGCGUCCUGAAGAAGAAAUUAUGAGGAGAGAGGUAGUGAAAAGAAUAGAAACUGUUAUCAAAGACCUGUGGCCUACGGCUGAUGUUCAGAUAUUUGGGAGUUUUAGUACAGGACUUUAUUUGCCUACUAGUGAUAUUGAUUUAGUGGUUUUCGGGAAAUGGGAGAGCCCCCCUCUACAGCUGCUAGAACAAGCACUAAGGAAACACAAUGUGGCUGAGCCAUAUUCAAUUAAAGUACUUGACAAAGCUACGGUACCAAUAAUAAAGCUCACUGACCAGGAAACAGAAGUAAAAGUUGACAUUAGUUUUAAUGUGGAGACCGGUGUGAAGGCAGCUCGACUUAUCAAAGACUACAUGAAGAAAUACUCGUUGCUGCCGUACUUGAUUUUAGUACUAAAACAGUUUCUCCUUCAGAGGGAUUUGAAUGAAGUUUUUACUGGUGGAAUUAGUUCUUACAGCCUAAUUUUAAUGGCAAUUAGCUUCUUGCAGUUGCACCCGCGAAUCGAUGCUAGGAGAUCAGAUGAAAAUCUCGGAAUGCUUCUAAUAGAAUUUUUUGAACUCUAUGGAAGGAAUUUUAAUUACUUGAAAACUGGUAUUAGGAUAAAAAAUGGAGGUGCCUAUAUCGCCAAAGAAGAAAUUCUGAAAGCCAUGACUUACGGUUAUCGCCCAUCCAUGUUGUGUAUCGAAGAUCCUCUCUUGCCUGGCAAUGAUGUUGGCAGAAGUUCUUACGGUGCCAUGCAAGUAAAGCAAGUUUUCGAUUACGCUUACAUUGUACUUAGCCACGCCGUGUCUCCGCUUGCAAGAUCAUAUCCUAACAGAGAUUCUGAAAGCACUUUAGGAAGAAUCAUCAAAGUAACACAGGAAGUUAUUGAUUACAGAACUUGGAUUAAAAAGAAAUGGGGAAGCAAAGUUAACCUGUCAGCUGAUGUCGCAGAUAUCCAGAUGAAGAAGGUAGAACCGAUAUCUCUGUGCACUGCAGUCCAGAACAGAGAUGCUGAAUCGCUAUAUGGCCAGCGUCUGCCGUUGUCAUUCAUUGGUACCCAGCAGUUGUCGUCAGGUUCAUCCGCCUCUUCUGUGUCAUCACUUUCUGGCAGUGAUAUUGAUUCGGAUACUCCACCUUGCACAACACCUAAUGUGUACCACUUCAAUCUGCGAGCACCGUCUCAGUUUACGGUCAGUUUGCCACCCGCGUUGCCUCUGCCAAGUGGUAAAACGCAAUCUGUGCCUGCGAGAACCUUGAUUAUGGCAACUAAUAAUCAGCAGCACACCGGAGUGAAGUUUCCCUUGAAAGGUGCUCACCAGUGCACUGAAUACAAUUCUGCCAGCAAUGGAAUCAUGAGGCAGCCGGUCGGCAACAGAGGUCACCACCAAUAUAACCGUAAUAUCUGGAGAAGAAAGAAGCAUAGAGACAGUUUGCCUAUUAGCCUUAGCAGAUAAUGGCCGACUUCAGGGGGUGGGGUGGGGGGUGUCUGCUCUUG